AUGUGCAUGAGAACAUACUUUUCAUUUAAUUUUGGUGACUUUAUCAAACAUUGGCUAAGUCUCAAAGAGAAAGUAAACCAGACACCGAAGAUAUUCAUGGUGAAUUGGUAUCAAGAAGGUUCAGAUGGAAAACCAAUUUGGCCGGGAUUCGGGGAGAACAUACGAGUACUUGAAUGGAUUGUGAACAGAUGCACUGCACCAGAUAACACGCCUACAAAGACCACACCAAUUGGUUUGGUGCCUCAGAAAUUAAAUACAGAGGGAUUAAAAGUUGAUAUCUCCAAGCUAUUCACUAUCGAUAAAAAUUUUUGGAAUCAAGAAAUCAAGGAAAUCUCGUCAUUUUUACGAGUGGAAAUGGGAAAUCGAAAAGUACCUAUCAUCAACGAAAUUCUAUCAAACAUAUCCAAAAAUGUUGCCUCAUUGCCGUGA